ACUGUCAACGAUAAUGUGAAUCAGAUCUUGUUUUCACUCGCGUCUGUAUGAGGGAGAUGGAUUAUUUAGAAAUUUAAACUUUUCUGUGUGUAGUUUGGGGGUGUUAAAUAACAAUCUCCACACUUUAAUCGUAAAAAUGGUGCUUUGUUAUCAAGUCAUAUGUGUUAUAAAUAAUCAUAACCGGUGUAGAAACCUGUAAAAUGGCCACUGUAGCAGAGGAUGGAAUUGAACUGGCGGAGCCAUCGAUAAGCCAGCAGAAUGGGGAGAAAAAGAAAGCGGUUUUCGGACCUGGAUAUGAGGAAGAAGGUAAAGAUGGAGAAGCUGUUGCCGGAACAUCGGGAGCUGAGCCCCCAUCGGAGGCUGCCGGUACAAGCAGUUCCAAACCUUCCAUUGGGAUUAGCCGACAUAAAUCAGAAAGAGAGAGAAAAAUCGGACACAGGCGUGUUGGUGUUGGUGGAGAAAUUACAUACAAAAAGAUACAAACAACCCAGAUCAUGGGGUCUAUCCAACUUGGCAUUCAGCACGCAGUUGGUGGUUUGGCAUCUAAACCAGAACGAGACUUACUAAUGCAGGAUUUUAUGACUGUAGAAACUACAAAUUUUCCUUCGGAGGGAUCGAAUCACACCCCUGCUCAUCAUUAUUCUGAAUUCAGAUUUCGUACAUACGCACCAAUAGCAUUUAGAUAUUUUCGAGACUUAUUUGGCAUUCAACCAGAUGAUUUUUUGAUAUCAAUGUGCAGUGCCCCUCUGCGGGAGUUGUCGAAUCCAGGAGCAAGUGGGAGUAUCUUCUAUCUCACUGAAGAUGAUGAAUUUAUAAUUAAAACUGUGCAACAUAAAGAAGGCGAAUUCCUUCAGAAAUUACUUCCCGGCUACUACAUGAACUUAAAUCAGAAUCCUCGGACCCUAUUACCAAAAUUUUUUGGUCUUUAUUGUUAUCAGUGUAAUUCUAAAAAUGUCAGACUAGUAGUUAUGAACAAUCUGCUCCCUUCAUCUAUUAAACUUCAUCAAAAGUAUGACUUAAAAGGCUCAACGUACAAAAGAAAAGCAUCUAAAAGUGAACGACAGAAGAGUUCACCAACAUUUAAGGAUUUAGAUUUUAUGGAACAUCACCCUGAGGGGAUAGGACUCGAGGCAGAUACAUAUGCAGCCCUUGUUAAGACAAUUCAGAGGGAUUGUAGAGUGCUGGAAAGUUUUAAAAUAAUGGAUUAUAGUUUGUUGGUUGGCAUUCAUAACUUGGAUCAAGCAGCAAAGGAGAAGGCGGAGAGAAAAGAGGAGGAAAGGAAGGAGCAAGAAGGGACUGCACAUGGAAGCAAAGCUUCAGCUCAUGAGAAGGGAUCUAGCGGUGAUGGCCCAGGCAGCCCUGCAGCUGCAUUUAUCGAAAAAGAGAAGGAGGCUGCAUCAGCAACAAUUUUACAUCGGACACGUUCUAUUAACAGGCAAAGGCUCGUUGCUCACUCCACAGCAAUGGAAAGUAUUCAGGCAGAAAGUGAGCCAAUAGAUGAGGAAGAUGAUGUCCCACCAGGUGGGAUUCCUGCCAGAAAUGCUCGUGGUGAACGUCUCCUACUAUUUAUUGGCAUCAUUGAUAUUCUGCAGAGUUAUCGAUUAAAGAAGAAGUUAGAACAUACUUGGAAAGCUAUGAUACAUGAUGGGGACACCGUUUCAGUGCAUAGGCCAGCCUUUUAUGCAGAAAGGUUUCAAGGCUUUAUGGCGAAGACAGUGUUCAAGAAAAUACCAUCCCUGGAUUUGCCGGAAAUUAAAGGCAAUCAUCGCAAGUUUCGUACGUUGGUUACCAGCUACAUAGCACUGAAACAUUCUCCUUCUAAACGCAAGAGUAUCUCUCGACCAUUACGUUCUCAGGAUGAACACGGAGAAUCCAGUGGAAGCCCACCUGGAACAGUCGCUCCUACAUCCACAAGUGCUGUAGCCGUAAGCUCCCCUCCCUCAUCCACUCCGCCCUCAUAUCCCGCAGUGCUGAAGGAUCGGCCACCGAGCUUCGGGAAGAGCGGCCAGCCCCCUGCUGUAGCCAUUAGCACCGUCACAUCUAGCACUAGUGGCAGUGGCAGCGGUAGCGGUGUGGCAGGAGCCCGGGUGCCACCUCCCGUCCCCCCUCGGGGGUCCCCGUUCGGCAAGCGAGGUAUGAGUCACGCCCCACUGCCCUGUUCUUCCACUCCUCCCCCAGCCUUUGAGGAUGCCCUGCGUGGAGAAUUGGUGGAUUCUGGUACUGCUGUUACUCGCCAUCGCUUGGGGCCACAGCAUGUAGUUCGUUUACAUAGAGAUUCAGAAACUGCCAGCAGCAUUUCCGAAGUGCGCCUCGAAUGUCGAGUAGAGACAAAAUCAUCAUCAUUGAGUGUAGAGUCAACAUCAUCGACGUCAGGCUUUGGCUCUGGUGCUACAGGAAGAAAUCUGACAUGGACCCCACCUGCAUCAGUUGAAGGAAGCACACCAACAUGGACUGAAGGGACACCAUCUUUCACAGAAUCUUCGAGCAGUGGAGAUAUAGGUUGCGCAGCAACAUCGGUUAGAAACCUCACUCCUCGUAGCAACGAAGGACCUAAAUCAGCCUCCCUUGAAGAUUCUCUUGAUUGUCUCAGCUCAGAAAUGCCAGAUGACUUUUUUCUCUCUGCUAGUGACCCAUUUUAAAGGUAAAGUAGGACAGGAUAAAAAGUGUGUUCUGAUUUGUAUCAGAUAAUUUGCAGCUUUAGACUUUCUUGCCUUCUUGUGACAUAUUGUUCCCUGAGAACUGACUUAAUGAUAUUUUUAAAUGUGAAUCAGAAUAAGUGCUGUUGGUGAAAUAUACAACACAGAACAUUGUAAUGGUUUUUUUUAAUUAUGGGUGGAUACUUUUUUAACAGUACUGGCUUAGUCAAAUAUUGUGAACUUUAUAAUGCAGGAACUAAAUGGACCUGUACUUGUUUUCCAAAGCUACUUUUAGUCAGUUUGUUGGUUUAGUCAGUAUUAAUUAAUAUCCAGGCAAACAAUGUGCAUUUUCUAUUUUUUAGAUUUUUGUGUGCGUGUGUGUGUGCGUGUGUGCGUGCGUGCAUGUAUGUAUGUAUGUAUGUGUGUAUUUUGUGUCAUAUAUUUUACAAUUGUUAAGAAGACUUUGAUCAGUCCAGAAGCAUGUAUCAGUAUAUGUAGUUUUGGUGUGCUGUAACUCAAGUGAAGCUGUAAUUUAUUAAAAUAUGGGAGUGUGCUAUAAGUGUUUUUUUAUGCUCUGUGCAGUAGAAUUAUGUCUGUGUUUGUUGGAGCUGGGUGCUCAUUUGUCAGAGCUACCAGAAAGUAUGCCAGUCAGUAUAGAUCUGUUAUUGUUCUUAUUGUUGUUAUUGUUACAUUGUAGAUUGGGUUAGUAUUUAGUAUGAAACAUAAAUUUGAAGAAUAACAUCAGAGUAAAUUUUAUAUUGCAAUAGGUUUAAUAAAGGGAAAUUGCUAAGUGAAGCAUGUUGACCGGCCCAUUGUGAGUAUUGGUAAAUUGACAUUUUUAAAAAUGUUAGAAAUAUAUCGUAAUGCACUGUGUGUAGAAAUUUUCUGCUAACAAACAGUAUCCAAAAUACCAACUAAAGGUAAUUUGUUGUGUAAAUUGUUUGAAAUUACGUUGUAUACGUGUCAGUAGUGGCCUGCUAUUAAUCCCGACAUGGUACAGGCACAAUCUUCCUUAGUUGUGUACUGUUAUGAUAAUUGUUGCUUAUUUCAACUCUCUUGAGAUCAUGUUGCAUUUACUCACUGCCAUUUUAAAUUCAUACACUUCUUAUCAUUGCGCAACAACAAGGAAGUUCAUAAAUUUUUAUGUUAUUGUGAUUCCUCAAAACAGCUCGCUACAAUUCAUAUUUUGUCUCAUUUUAUGGUCCGAAUGCUGUUGACAUUAGCAUCAUGCUUCCCAGAUUUGUCAUAGGAAGGCGUACUUUUUCAAAACAACUACUAUGACUUAUAUUCUCAGUAGUAAAAUUUGUCUUUAUAAUGAUGUACUCUGAACCCCUGUUGUCCUCGUUUUGUAGUAUAAUUUCCAUACACUUCACAUGUUAUUGCUGUGUCAAUGUGGAUUUAUUCUAGACUAUGCUUCAUCCAAAUUAAAACUUAACAUUUCAGUUAUUGAUAACCUCCCCUAGAUGAACACAUUUUUCAGAAGUCAACUUGUAUUUAAAAAAUUGACUUUGUUUUUAAUGACACACUACUCUAAUGACAGAGUUAUUUUAUAUUAAACUUCUAUCUUUCGCUAAGGGUGAUUUUUUGUAAAUAAAAUAUUAUGUUCCACUAAUUUAUGUGCUGUAUUUGACUUGCGCCAAGUUGCCCAUGAUUAAAAGAUAUUUGUAGCAUUGAUUAAAACAGCUGUGAUGUGAGGUAGAAAUUCAAUAACUGCUGGUUUUCUAUAUUUAUUGGUUUCUCAACUCUCCUUUAUAUCUGCUAUAUAUUUUACUUACCUCCUUCUUUCCAGUUUGUGAAAGAAUAUUUGUGGGCACAAUCAUCUUAUGUAUAUUCAUGUUGAAAGCAUGACGAAUGAUGAUAGUAGAAUAUUAUCUAGGUAAAAUUGUACCUUUAGCUUCAAAGUUCUCUCUUUUUCUGUUUGUCAGUUACUGUUGAAAGGCUACCCAAUGGCUGAGUUAUUUAGUAGCACAGCACUUGUUUUAUUUUACUGUAAAUAUGACCUGUAAGCAUCCUGUAUACGAAUGGAGGUAUCAGGUGGUUACUGCUGAUGCUGCUGCUGCUGCUACUGUUCUUGUUGUCAUCAUUGUUAUUAUCAUCAUUGUUGUUGUUGUUGUUGUUGUUGUUGUUAUUAGUAUAGUUGUUGCUGUUACUGCACGGUUUGCAUGCAGAAUUGAGCUGUGCUGUGUAGUUGCAAGUUUCUUCAGAUAUGAAUCACUGUCUGUAACAAGUAUUUCACUCUUCCCAGAUGACUUUACAUACAGUAGUACUUUUAAACUGUGUCACGAAAAAUUUGUCAUAUUACUUCCUGAGUAAAAUUUUAUUUGUUUUUUGAAUUGUGUACUAUGUCUUGUAAAGGAAGUUACUUCAUGACAUUCAGUCUUCAACUGACUUAAAUACUACAACUGACACACGUACUCUACCUUGUUAGACUGCAGAUUAAUAUUGAUUAUCUUUUUGGUUCCUUUUCACAGAAACUUGCAUUGUGGUUAUUGAUGCUUUGUUUCUUGUCCAAAAUUGCAAGUCGUCAUAACCUUCAAAUUGAGCUUACCACUACAAGUAAAUAAUGUUCAGCCUUAAUGUUGGUUUUUAUCUGCUCUAGCUCUGAGUCAUUUACUUUGUGAAAACUCAAGUGCCACAAGGCUGAUAUUCUGAUUUUGUGGAAAAUUCAUCUUGUGCUCUUAUUUGUUCUCACCUGGACAUCACUUACAGAGUUAAACUUCAUACCCUUAUACUUCCUGCUCCCAUAAUAAAAUGAUUAUCUUCACCAUUUUUCCUACUGAGCAGUAAUAUUUCUUUGAGAGUACAUAUAUUAAACAAUAAAUGAAUUAAACUUUUUUUUUGUUAUAUAGUCACACAUUGUAGUGGUUUUGGCAGUCGUUAUUUAAGCCAGUCUUGCUGUUUCAUUUGCAAAAAUGAAGAACAGUUUUGUUUGUAAUCUUAUGUAGCUUACUUUCAUUAGCUGAUUAACAGAACAGAAAAUUAAAAUCCUAGAAAAUGAACUAUAGUCCAAAGGCCUAAAGAGAGAUUGCCUCUUAUAACACACUGCUGACCGUAUACAAAUAAAAUAAAAAUAAAAAAACACCUUAAGCAAAAGUGGAAAUACUGUCACAUACAACUGAGUUUUAGAAGUAAUCCAUACAAUGAUACUACUUUCGUGUUUGCUUUGCUCAUACAUACAACAACAACACACACACACACACACACACACACACACACACACACACACACGCGGGAUAGCAGUCACUAUGACUGAUUGUUAAACAAAUUGGGAACGAGUAAAUUACUGAAGCUUUUAAAUCAGUGGCUGUUGCUACUUUCACUUCUGUGCAGAGAAGUGCAAAGUUUGUCUGGUAGCAUUUAUCUCAUUCCUGCAAAAUUUAAGAGAAAUGGAUUUAAAACUUUAAUAUUACCAAAAUGCACAAAUUAUUUGUAACAUUGAGAAGGUUGUAUAUAAGGCAGUGCAAGUGUUAGGAAACUGAUAUAAGGUGAGUUUCACUGAGAAAAAGUAAAAGCAUUGAUGCAAAUACAUUUGCACUGUUGUUCUGCCCUAAACUAUAGAAAUAGAGAAUAAAGAAUCCAGGAACCAGGUGCACUGCUAAAAAGUGAGUGUUAAUGUGGUCAGUCAUAUGCUUCAUCCAACUUUUAAGAGCAUCGAAAAGAUUGUUAUCUUUGGAUACCUUAUACAACUUGUGAGGUACUUCAUAGUUUCACAGUGCUGUUGUAGUCAAUUGUAAAAUGAAAGUUGUUAUGUAGAAAUUCCCACUUUCCGAUAAACUUGUUUGUCUUGCCACAAGAGAAACAGAGAUUUGAAACCCACUGGAAUGAAAUGAAUGUAUGUAUGUAUGUAAACUAAAUACAAUGUAAAUUCCAUGUAACUAUUAAUAUCAUAGCUAAAAGCUUCAAAUAAACCUUUCUAGUAACAACGUCAUUUUAAUAAAAUCAGAGUAUACUCAUAUGGUAUAAGUGAUCAUUACUGAAAACAGCCAUUCACAGAUACUUUGUGCAAGACAAAAGCCAGAAUUUUUCACACAAACUGAUAUCUUUACUUUCCCCUUUUUAUAAGACCCCGCCCCUACCCCUAAGUUCUAAAAUAAAGGAAGGUGUAAAGGCCACAAAAGCAAUAUCUGAUAGUAGAGCAUAAAUACUGAAUAAUUUGCUUUUAAUCUGAUUUUGUGGGACCAUUAUGCGACACGUGUGUCAAAAUGGCAUGAAAUUAGUGUUACACUAGCUUCAGUGCAGGUGGGGUUAAUGUAAAUGCCUUUUAUAUAAUGUUAUAACUAUAAUGUUUAACUGCAGUAAUUUUAACACUGAGAAUUGUUGGUAAAUACUGCUAAUAGCCCUUCACAAUGUAUAUGAGAUACAUUUCUCUAUUAUUUAUGUCUCACAAGCUUGACAAUUUCACAUUUUUAGAAUGAUAAAUUUUAUAUUUGCACAGUAAUUGGUUUUCAUAGUUGUUAUGUGCUGUCUUCCAUUCAAUCAGAUAUUAUUCACAUAAGCAGGAAACUCCUCUUGAAUUCUCAAAACUUUUUUAUGCUUUUUCCUCACAGUGUCAUUGAUGAAACUAAAUUUUGAUAGUAGGAAGCAGUGGGCAUUUUUGAAACUUGAGUGUUCUCAAGUAAGAUUUCGACUGUAACUAUAGUUCUUGUUAUCAUGCUUGUUGAUAGGUGUGUGUUAUUCUGCUGGUUUAUCUUCAUGAUCAAAAUUAUACACAAAAUUGAUGGUUUUCAGUAUGGUUAUUAUAGUUGUAAAGAAAACCUAUCUGCCUAAUACAUUCAGAUACUGUAAUCUUGAAAACUGAUGAUCUAAGAUUGUAAUGAUUCAAUAUACUAACUGUGAAAGAGAUUAUAUAGGCUAAGAAUUUUCUGAUAUUAUUUCUCUGAAAGGGUAAUUAUAUAAAAGCCAAUUGUAGCCAUUUGCAAAUAUGUUGGAACAUGUACCUGUUUCUUUUGUAAAUUUUCUUUCUGUGUUAUACCUACUUAUAUUUUCUAUGAUCAAUAAGUAAUCGAUUAAAAAUAAUAACUGUUGCAUAUUGUAAAAGCUGUAUGCCAUCAGUGUCAUG